UCAAGGACCAGCUGGGGCCUAACUCUGCUUAGCUUCUAAGAUCACACUAGUGGUUUCAGGGUGAGAUAGCUGUGCAUGGUUAGAAAUGUUGAAACUUUUUUUAAAUUAUCAAGUUUUCAGGGAGGAAAAUAAUUUUCAAAGCGAAACACUGUUCUCCAAAACAAUGAGCCCCGCCAUUAGAGUUUACACAUAACAAAACAGUUGAGCUCUGGGGGCUGUAUCAAAUCAUAAUAUACCAUUAAAAAAUCUUGGUAUUAAAAAUCUGUAUCUUAAAAUAUCGGAUUCAUUAUUUUUCCAUAUGUACAAGCCACCUUUGCAGCUCUAAAAGGAUUUCAAGAAUCACCUAGCAUCUAAUACAAGAUCUAUAACUUUUUCUACCUGCAACUAACAUCAAUAAUCUUAAUUUUUCAUUGCCAACCUCAUUUAGGAAUCUGAAUAGAUGAACAAGUGCAAAAGGCAGAAUUUCCAACUGUGGCCCAAAGAUUCAACCAGGGAAAAGCAAGUGUCCCCGGGAUGGAAAUGACUUUUCCGUUUUAUUCACUGCCUCGUCUAUGGAGAAGCCAAGCAGGGAAGGCAGGGCAGCCCAGAGAGCGGAGGCAGCCUGCGGGUCUCCCGCCGCGGCUGUCCCCUCCUCCACCCACCGCCUGGCCGGGACUGCGGCCCCAUUCUAUCGUUUACACAAAAUCAUUAUAUAAUGAGCUGGCGAGGCUCCGUAUGUUCUACAGUAACCUGUUUGGAAUCAUAGGAUGCAGUUGUCACAGCGGAGCAUGCGCAGAAACCUGGCUACGUUUUUUUUUUUUUUUCUCUAGAGCUCAAGGCAAGAGAAAACCAGCAACGGGAGACUCCUGACCACCCCUGGGAACAGCACUUGCAGUCACCGUGUCCAGCAGCGAACUCGCCGGCACCCCGACAUCCCUCCCCGGAGCCGGGGGGAAGUGAGAUGCGCGUCCUUGUCGCCACAGCGUCUCUCUCUCCGGCGCGCACGGAAAGGCGGCCGGCAGGAAUCCGGGCUCGCCCCUCGCGGUGUCCCCCGGCCUUCACCGCCCCCUCCCCGAGUGGGUCCGGGAGAGGCGUCCCCGGGAGUGCAGGCGCCGGCUCCGGCUCUCCGGGGGCAGCUCCCUCUUUUGUUCCUCUAGACCUUGCCUGGCGUUCCUGGGGAUGGCGCGAGAACUCUCCGCUCCCCAAGCCCACAGCCGCGCGCGCGGGGCUCCCCUUCUUCCCUCCGGCCCAAGCUGCGCCCCCUCCGCAGUCUCCAGUGCGCUCUGGGUCCCCAGGGCCGCACGUCCCCCGCCCGGAGCCCAUCAGGUCAAGGCCAUUGGUCCACUUGCAGGGCUGCUCGCUGCCCUCGCCCCACUCCCGGCCCCUCCACCUUGUCCGUGUUCCCGGCCAGUGCGAGGGGCAUCCUGAGGCUCCAGGUGGCCCGAGCGGAGAGGCGGGAGCAGCGAUUGGAGCCGGGCGCCUCAAUGGGGUGCCCUGGGUCAGCGCCCAGAGGACGCGCUCCAGGGAAGGGUGUCAGGUCGAGCAUGCGAGUCUUUGUGUGUUUCCUGCUCUCCUUGAAAAUAAAACCGAGCCCGGCUGGCGAAGGAUGCGUUCACUCACCAUGGCGGUGCCGACCGAGAAAGCGGCCAUCAGACAGGCCAUGCCCCGGGGGCGGCGGCGGCGGGGUACGAGGCUUGGGCUGCGGGGCCGAGGCUGA